CGAAGCAUCCAGGUGUUUUCCGGCUACAACCCGAGCAGCUUGGACGGUGACAUCGCGCUGCUGCUGCUGCACAAGGAAGCAGCGAUCACAGCCAGCGUGCAGCCCGUCUGCCUACCAGACGAUAACCUACAGAUAGAGGGCAGGAGCGGGUUCGUCACCGGAUGGGGAAUCACCGAACACGGCGUGACGUCAAACAUUCUUUUGGAGGCGCGACUUCCAGUUGCUGACAUGCAGACUUGUCGCAGGUCGUUUCAAGGUCUGAGCGGAAGCGGAGGUGACAUCUUCAUCACGGAAAACAUGAUCUGUGUCGGUGACCCGGCAGGGGGCGUUGGCACGUGCGAGGGCGACAGUGGCGGCCCCUUCGUUAUCGAGACAACCGAUCAGGGACGGCAGAAGUACCAGCUGCACGGUGUAGUGAGUUUCGUGAGUAAGGAUGGCUGCGCGAUAGAGAACCAAUAUGCUGUCUACACGAAGGUCAAGAACUUCCUGCGAUGGAUCCUUCCCUAUCUGCAGCAUCCGCGACGCCGCCGCUAGCGCCCCCUGACGGUGACCAACAGACAACCAGUAUCUCAUCAUACAUCAGUAACAACGUCACAGUCAUCGUCAACGGUUUCUGUAUCUAUCGUCAAUAUCAACGCCACCGCCAAUGUCGACCAUAUCAUUGUCAUUACCAUAAAUACCGUAUACAUAAACGUCACAGCCAUCAUCAUCAUCAUCAUCAUCAUCAUCAUCAUCAUCAUUAUCAUCAUCA